AUGGCGUCCGUGUCGCUGAGCGAGGCGGAGAAGGUGUACAUCGUGCACGGCGUGCAGGAAGACCUCCGCGUGGAUGGCCGUGGAUGUGAGGACUACCGAUGUGUCGAGGUGGAAACCGACGUGGUGUCCAACACCAGUGGGUCUGCCAGGGUCAAGCUGGGUCACACGGACAUCUUGGUGGGAGUGAAAGCAGAGAUGGGGACGCCGAAGCUGGAGAAGCCGGAUGAAGGUUACUUGGAGUUCUUUGUUGACUGUUCAGCCAAUGCUACCCCUGAAUUUGAAGGCCGAGGAGGUGAUGACCUUGGCACAGAGAUUGCUAACACCCUCUACCGGAUAUUCAACAACAAGAGCAGCGUGGACCUGCAGUCCCUCUGCAUUAGUCCCCGGGAGCACUGCUGGGUUCUCUAUGUGGACGUGCUGUUGCUGGAAUGUGGUGGGAAUCUGUUUGAUGCCAUCUCCAUCGCUGUAAAGGCUGCUCUGUUCAAUACGAGGAUACCAAGAGUUCGUGUCCUGGAGGAUGAAGAGGGGUCGAAGGACAUUGAACUGUCUGACGACCCUUAUGACUGCAUCCGGCUGAGUGUGGAGAACGUCCCCUGCAUCGUCACCCUGUGCAAAAUUGGCUGUCGGCACGUGGUGGACGCUACUCUUCAGGAGGAGGCCUGCUGCCUGGCCAGCGUGCUGGUGUCCGUGACCAGCCAGGGAGUCGUGACGUGUAUGAGGAAAGUGGGGAAGGGCAGCCUGGACCCAGAGAGCAUCUUCGAGAUGAUGGAGACCAGCAAGCGCGUGGGCAAGGUGCUGCACGCCUCGCUGCACAGCAUCCUGCACAAGGAGGAGAGCCUGGGGCCCAAGAGACAGAAGGUCGGAUUCCUGGGGUGA